AUGUCGUAUGAUAGCUCAGUCGACCUGAAUUCCAUUGCUCAGGUUUUAUUUAUCGAUGGUCAUGACUCCUUCGCCCGUAACAUCGUGGAUCUUCUCGAAAGCACAUUGCCCGUGGUGGUCACCGUCGUGUCCAUCGAUGCCAUAUGGCCCGUGGACAAGCAAGCCCUUGCGGAUGAAUAUGAUGCUAUUAUCACCGGUCCGGGACCGGGCACUCCCACCAAUCCAAAUGACGUCGGGUGUAUGCUUCACGUAUGGGACCUGGAAAAUGUUCCUGUCCUGGGUAUUUGUCUUGGGUUUCAAAGCCUCUGUGUCCAAUAUGGAGCCUCCAUUUGCAAGCUUCCUGAACCCCGCCAUGGCAGAGUGGUCACCUUCGUUCAUAGCGGAACAGAUAUCUUCGAAACCUUGCCGGCAAGCUUCGAGGUUACGCUGUACCACUCUUUGCAAGUGCGCCUAGAUCAUGAAAUUGAGUCAUCCGGUGACCUCUCUGAUCGCCAGCGAUGUUGGUUGCCAAGUCCCAAGUGUCCUGAUCUCGUACCUCUCGCCUGGUAUCGCGACAGUGCCACUCCCGGGGAAGCUACUCUGAUGGCUGUUCGCCACUCCAAGAAACCUCUCUGGGGCCUGCAGUUUCACCCUGAAUCUUGCAAAUCUGACAAGGCCUGCCGUGACAUAAUCAGGAAUUGGUGGCUGUUUACGGAGAAUUUCAAUGCCAAACACCGCACGAUCUCCCGAAGGAGACUCGAUCUUUUUGACCCCUUGCGUGUCGAGGAACGUUAUUUCAAUGAUGCGAACGAUAUUGUUGAGUGGUGCAGCUCGUCAACCGACGUGUCGGCGUAUCGUACCAUAAAUCGCGGCAGCUUAACGACGGAGAAAAUUUGUGAACUUGUUGAUGUACCCAAUGUACCAAGUGUGGUUAUCGAUUCGACCUCGAGAUUCAGCAUUAUCUCUGUUCUCAGUCCCGGCGCAUGGACGCUCGAGUACUCGAUCUCUAAACUGACCAGCACGAUCUCACGGCCGUCCGGGUUGAGAUCUACCAAGGAUCUGGCUCCACGGCAGCCAAAACAUGUUUGGGACAUGUUGCGUCGGAUUCUCUCCAAAAAAAAGGUUGUCGAAGGAAAUAAGACCGUCCCGUUUUGGGGUGGCUUUAUGGGCUAUUUCUCCUAUGAAAUGGGCCUUGCCGAAUUGCAUGAUGGAGAAGCUCCGGUAGUUAAAAAAGACGAUACGGUCGACGUUGGUCUGCUCUGGGUCGAGCGGAGUAUUGUGAUCGACCGGAAACUUGAAAAAAUCCACAUUCAGUCCAUCCGAGAGUUUGACGAUCAGCCGGGGGAAUGGAUUGACUUUGUUGCGAGACGACUAACUGGCUUCACAUAUACGAAAUCCAUGGACAAUAUCAUGCUUAAUAUUGCGGUCACCUCCCCAGAACCCCUAGAGGAGACGAACUACCUCAUGCGCUUGAAAUAUUCUGACGAGCAGCUGGCGAACAUGAUGGUCCGUGAAGCCAACAUCGUCAUACCGGACGAGGACAUCUACAAGUCCAAAAUAAAAAUAUGCCAAGAGUACAUCCGCGAUGGCGAGUCGUAUGAGCUUUGUUUGACUGACCAGACAAAAGUCACUCUGCCCCGGUGCGAAUAUAGACAAGAGUCGGACCUUCGUCCCUGGAUUUUGUACAAGCGGCUUCGGAAAUACACCCCGGCCGCCUAUGGUGCGUUCGCUAGAAUUGGGAAAACCAAAAUAAUCAGCAGCAGCCCGGAAUGUUUCAUUCAGUAUGACAGGUACGGCCAGAUCGACAUGAAGCCCAUGAAAGGGACAGUCAAGAAAAGCGAGGGCAUGACGCUCGAGAAAGCAAAAGAAAUCUUGAACACGCCAAAGGAGAUGGGUGAGAACUUGAUGAUUGCAGACCUGAUACGGCAUGAUAUGUUCAAGGUGUGCAAAUCCGGCGGCGUCACGGUGCAUAAGCUGCUUGAAGUGGAGGAUCACCCUCGGGUCUACCAGCUCGUCUCGCACAUCAGAGGCGUUCCAGAAGACCUGCCGCCAUCUCUCAAGGAACGGUGCAAAGUCCAACUUGUAAAAAAGGCCAGUCCGCACGAUUACUCUGCCCUUCGCCAAUGCCUGCCCCCCGGUUCCAUGACCGGCGCGCCCAAGAGGCAGUCGUGCGAACUUCUAGCCAAAAUCGAGGGACAAAAACGCAGAAUCUACUCUGGUGUCAUGGGCUAUUUCGAUGCAGGCGGGGCAGCGUGUUUUUCCGUCCUCAUACGAACAGCAUAUAGUCAAUCCAGUGCCACUGAUGACGAGGAGGUAUGGCAUAUUGGAGCAGGUGGCGCGGUUACAGCGCUCAGCACGCCGGAGGGGGAGUGGGAUGAGAUGGUCACGAAGCUGGAUACGGUUCUGGGGAUAUUCCGCCGUUCACCUGACGGCGAUGGGGUUGCUGAUGCUGAUGCUGAUACCUGCAAGAAGAAGACGUCUGUGAUGCAGGAGAUGUUUCAGGACUAUCCGGGAUAUACUACCGAUUUCAAGGAGGCGGUUGGAGGCAGGUGUUAUAACAUUACGACUGAGAAGGGGGAUGGCCGUUCUACGUUUGUGAGUGAGAGUGUGCUUAUGCCUGUUGACCAGAGGGGCAAGUUGAAGAAGAAGCAGGCUCGAAAGCUUGGACGGAGCAGCAAAUAG